CAUAAUAAAAAAAAAAACAAAAAAAUGGAUUGUAUUGCUUUGGAGGUUCUUGUUUCGAUAAAAUUUUCUCAUAUUUUUUGUUUCCAUAGAUUCGUAGACUUUAACAUUCAGUAACAAAUACUAAAGUAAAUAUUUGAGGUCAUCGAUCGAAGUAGGUGAAGGUAUUGUUUUUUAACAUUUUCCGAGUGAUCGUCUAAUUCAACUGCUUGACAACCAGUUGGCGACAGAAGUCGCUGGGAUGUUUUUAGAAACCAAGUGUACUCUAUAAACAUCAACAAGCAUUUUGAACAAAAGCGCUGGCGCUCAAUUUUUUGAAGUUCGCAACAAAUCGUAAACCACGGCGUCGAAAAAAACUGAAGAAUCUGCCCAUCUGGAAGCAGAUAACCGCUAUAAGAUGCCAGCAGCUAGUUUUGGAUCACUGUCACAGCUUCCUGGAACGGGAGACUGUGGCAUUAAGGAUGUAUGGAAUCACAACUUGCAUGAAGAAUUUCAAAUAAUAAGACAAGUUGUCCAAAAGUACCAUUGGGUGGCAAUGGACACAGAAUUUCCUGGAGUGGUUGCUCGACCUAUUGGAGAAUUCAGAUCCACGGCUGAUUACCAGUAUCAAUUGCUUAGGUGUAAUGUUGAUCUGUUGAGAAUCAUUCAGUUGGGUCUCACAUUCAUGGAUGAAAAUGGCAAGACUCCACCUGGUUACACCACAUGGCAAUUCAACUUUAAAUUUAAUCUACAAGAAGACAUGUAUGCACAGGAUUCAAUAGACUUGCUGCAAAAUUCAGGCCUUCAAUUCAGAAAACACGAAGAGGAUGGUAUUGAGCCACUGGAGUUUGCAGAGUUGUUGAUGUCAUCUGGACUGGUGCUAAUGGACAAUAUCAAAUGGCUCAGUUUCCACUCUGGUUAUGACUUUGGCUACCUUCUCAAGCUACUCACAGACCAGAACCUACCUCAGGAUGAAAAUGAUUUCUUUGAAAGCCUAAGGUUGUACUUCCCUACAGUUUAUGAUGUAAAGUACCUGAUGAAGCUAUGCAAAAACUUGAAGGGUGGACUGCAGGAGGUGGCAGACCAAUUGGAACUACGUCGAGUGGGACCACAGCACCAGGCUGGCUCUGACUCACAUCUAACAGGAAUGGCUUUCUUUAAAAUAAAAGAGAUAUUCUUUGAUGAUAACAUCGAGAGUUCUAGCGGACAUUUGUAUGGAUUGGGUGCACCGUUUUCGGUGAAUGUCAAUAAUUUCCAAGACAAUGGCGAAAACGGAAACUCCUCUUGAUCCUUAGAAAACGGGCAUGUCAUAAGCCUGACGCCACAACCUCGAGUGUUUCACAUUUCAGAGUGAAUGUAACAGUUAAAUGUGUGCAGUGUAUAUAAUGUUUACAACUGUGUGUGACAAUUGUCGUUAUUUAAGUGAUCAUGUCUCCCUCAUCUGUGAAUAUGCCUGUUCCGUGUCUGGUCCACUAUUUGAUUUAGGUUAGUAAUAAAAGCUCCGACAAAAAAAUAAAAGAAGAAUUAACCUUACUCAAAAUACUAAAUCUACUGCCUACAAUACUAACUUUCUGACUACUUUUGUCCGAAUAAAAAUUACGAAACGACCGAAUGAGAUACUGAAAUCUUCUAAAAGUAAACGUGACCGUUUAUUGCUAUAAUACUUUUCUACCAGCAUAAAUUACGUUCUACUGAAACUAUGCUUUGUAAUUUUUAUCUUUACUUGCCUACUAUUAAUUCAUAAAUUACCUUUCAUAUUUCAUAGACUGUGGUACUUAUUAACUGUAACACUAUAUUGAAAAUAUUAUUUUUAGUGGUAAUACAGAAACUAAUAAAAAUGUAAUGUAAUAAUAACUUUUACUUGCAUCAUAUAUCAUGACUUUUACUUCCCACGGGUAUGCUUCAAUAUCAGUACCUAUUUCAGACAUUAAAAGUUAGAACAGUUGUAUACACGCUUUAAUCUAAAACCAAGUAGACUUCGGUUUCCUGGAAUAUUUUACUGUUUUACUGUAAUCAACUUUGCUCAAAACAUUUGAGGUAUUUUCUUUUGUGCUAAAUGUUUAAAAUAUGAGUUUUUUGUAUCUAUAAUAUUAGAAAACAUUAUUGAAAUUUAAAAAUCAAUUAGUUCUUAGUCUUCUCUCGUUAGACACAAUGUAUACUGACGUCACAGUCACGUCAUCGAACGUUUUCUGGGCAAUGUUUUAAUUAAAAAAUAGAACACAUAAAAGUAAAGAGAUUUAAGACGAAAAAUUAUAGGGAGGGUGAUCUUUAAAUUAUUUAGAAGCUUUUUAAAUAGAUUUUCGAAAAUUGGAGACAACUCUAUUAUGUAUGUAAAUAAAUUGCAUACAUCCACAUUAAUUUAGUAAUUAUAAUUAUUAUAUAAUUUAGGUUGAUAUUACAAUACAUAAUGUCAAAAUAAUUUUACUUAGAUUUAUUAAUUUAGUACUUAUAUUUUAUAGAAAUUAUAGACUUAAGACUAUUAUUAUUUCAUUUAAGGUUUUACUGGUUUAUUUUAUAUCCUAAUACAUAUUAAGAUUUUGUAAUGUUAAAAUAUAAUUAAUGUUAAUUUUUUAAA